CCUGCAGGGGGCAGACUCUCUCUUACAGACACCAGCAGAAGCGGAAGAAGCGGAAGAAGAAGAAGAAGAAGAAGAAGAAGAAGCAGCAGCAGCAGCAGCUGCAGCCAGCAGAAUCGGUUGAAACCAGUCUGGUCCAGACCAGUUCAGGAUGGCGGCCAUGUUGAAACCUCUGAGGAUCCUCCUCUCUACCUCAAAAUGUCCGCAGAGUCGCAGUUGCUCUAGAUACGUCUCCAGGAUGAGGUAUGUGAACCAGCUGAAGGAGGACGACUCCUUGUGUGCUGAGGCGCUGCAGAGCAGCCACAUCAUGUUGUUCCACCGUCUGUCUCCUCUGCUGCAACCUGCUGAGAGAGGAACCUUCACACCGGCAACAUUCAGCAGUGCAGAUGUGCAGUUGAUGCUGGAGCGACUUGGUCAUGACAGAUGUUUGCUGACGGAGUCGGUUCUGGUCGGGUGCUCUGAAGAGAACCAGGCUCAGUUCUGUUUGGAUGUUGGAGAAUUGGAUCAGGCAGCAGUAGAAGACGAGUGUGAAGGCAACUUUGUAGAGCUCAGGAAAUCCUUCUUUCUGCUGACUGCUGCAGAGGUCCCUAUAGUGGCCAAGGGUCAGGCUCUGCUGCGCUGGCAUCAAACCAACAGGUUCUGCUGUGCUACAGGCCAGCCGACCCACCGGAACCAGGCAGGAAGUCAGAGAGUCUGCAGGAGCAGCGGGACUGUCCACUAUCCAACUAUGUCUCCAGUGGUGAUUGUCCUGGUGUCUGAUGGGAAGCGGUGUUUGCUGGGGCGACAGUCGUCCUUCCCACGGGGGAUGUACAGUGCUCUGGCUGGUUUCUGUGACAUGGGUGAGUCUGUGGAAGAGACUCUGUGCAGGGAGGUGGCGGAGGAAGUGGGUUUAGAGGUCGACAGCAUCUCCUACAGCUCCUCGCAGCACUGGCCUUUCCCUCACAGCUCCUUUAUGCUGGGCUGCCACGCCUCUGUGAGCCCCGCCCACACUCAGGGAUGAAGAAGAGGAAGGAGAAGCUGGAAAGAGAAGCUCCGUGUGUCAUGUGUCAUAACGUCCCUCUGCACCAUCAGGUGUGUUUGUCUUGUAAUCAAUGACACAAUGAUACAGGCUGAACCUGAGGCUACACUGAGGCUCAAGGUAAAUCUGACUGGCUACUGGUUUGUAUGGUAGAACGAUGAAAACCAUGUGACCCACUCAGUAGAUCAGACUUCAAUACCUCUAUGCCUUUUUAGACUAAACGCUUCCUAUUCUAGAACAUAGAACAAGUUACGUUCUGCUGCACUAAUCAAUGCAAAGCGCCAGUUGAUGUUAUCGCCCUUCUGGACCUAUAGCAGCAGAACUCAGAGCAGGUUUGAGACUGGACCUGCUCUAACUAUAAGCUUUAUCAAAAAGGAAGGUUUUGAGCCUACUCUUAAACGAACAGAUGGUGUCUGCCUCCCGAACUGAAAGUGAGAGAUACAUUCACCUGUGAAUACAUUACAUUACAUUACAUUACAUUACAUUACAUUUAGCUGACGCUUUUAUCCAAAGAGACACUGACAGUAAGUGCAUCAACCAUGAGGAAAAAAAACAACAACAAGAAUCAAGAACGCCAAACUACAAAGUGCGAUGAGUAAGUGACAUAAGUGCCACUAAAUAUAGUGUUUUAAAUUUUAUAUUUAUUAAAACAUUUUUAUCCGAGGUAUAGUCUGAAGAGAUGUGUCUUCAGUCUUGAGGACGAUGUGUGGACUUCCUGUCCUGAUGUCCAUGUGGAGCUGGUUCCACGGUAGGAAACGGUCCUGAUGUUGUUGAGUGACAGGUCCAUGCAGAGCGGACGGGUUGUAACGUUGGACCAGGUCCUGGAUGUGGACUGGACCCGAUCCGGUCACAGCCCGGCACCAAGUGCUCGUGUUUUGAAACGGAUGAAGCCACUGGUAACCAGUGAAGGGAGCAGAGGAGCGUGAGUGAACUCAGGUUAAAGACCAGUGGAGCUGCUGGUUUCUGGAUGAGCUGCAGAGGUCGGAGGGCAGCAACAGGUCGACCUGCCAGGAGGGGGGGCAGUAGUCUAGGUGGGACCAGAUUCUGGACCAGAGCCUGGACCAGAACCUGGCCUCCUGAUGUUGUGCAGCAUGAAUCUACAGGAAAAGGUUGUUGCAGUUAUGUUGGCAGUAAGGGAGAGUUAACUGUUGAGUGUCACACUGACCUUUGACCUUGUCAAAGGUAAUAGUUCACGGGUAGGAGGAGCUUUUCCCUGGAAGGAAAAGCAGUUUGUAGAUGAUAGAUGAGAGCAGGGACUCAAGUUUGAACACAACCAGUGGAGGACCUAGCGUUGACCCUGUUAUCUGUGCAGCUGGACGUCGACCACACAGAGCUGGAGGACGCUCGCUGGUUCAGUCUGGAGGAAAUC